AAAUUCUGUUCAACUCGAAACUUAGAACUGAAUUCGAAGGGUUCUUGUCACAAUCUAGGAUCAUUUGAGGGUCCAAGUUUACCGCUCAUGUACGGCUUCGAAUUGCCUGCAGGUGUCGAUUUUGGGUAUACCAUUUACGCCUCGACCUGUUUGGAAAUCCGGACAGAGCGCUGGCUCGACAAUAUGAUAACGACAACCUCGUUGCAGAGUUGCUUCAAGAAGUUGAGGCACUCCUUUGCACCAUUGACAUAGCUUAAGUCCAAGUUCCCCAGCUGCUUUUCAUACAACCACUUCAUCACAAGUUCAUCUCGUUCAACAGAACAUGCUGGACUUACUCUCCAAAGAUCGAAUAGUCAACAAGGCAGGCCUCAGAGCCGCCUUGCAUCACUUGGACGCAAUUUCAAGUUCAGGAGCAACCGCAUUACAAGCUACGGUUGAACAUAUGUCGUCAUCACCUCAUAUCUUUGCAUACAUAAUUUCUGUUUGGGAUCGCCGCGAGGCAAUGAUCUCACAGAUCAUGACAGACUUUCCAAUGAAAUCUCAAGAAUAUCCAGCAUCCAUUGCGAGAAAGAUGCUAGACAAUCUGUCUAUGUACUUUUUAGCUUUGCAAGCCGAGUCUCUAGCAACGGAUGUCUCAAGGGACAUCGGUCGCCACAGAGCCUUCAUCGAGGGCGCUUUACCUGUACUUUGCGCACUGGACACUAUGAAAUUUGCUGGUGCAGGGUUUGAUGAUAGAUUUGUCAAGAAGAAAGUGCCUCAGAAAAUGCGCAAGAGUAAUCGCCUGAAAACUCAUACGGCUAUCGACACGUCGCUCUUCGUGAGGCUUGGUAUGGCUGUGCCUCUCACGAGCGAGGCUGCUGCGUCAUUGUCUACUCACAUUCUUGCGGAGCUGAAAAAUGCUCUCUCUGUGCGUAUAUUCGCUACUUUUUGACGUUUCCCCUGACAGCUCCCCGUAAGUUCUACUUCUCGCUUCUGCGGAGGACGGAAUUGGCAGGCGACAUCAAAGCCUUACUCUUCCC